AUGGAACUUAAAACUAUUCCUGGUGAUCCAUUGGGACGUUCUUAUGUCAGUGGUAGUACUGUGAAUAAUAUGUAUUUAAUCGGUCCAGGUAUGAAAAAACCAAUUCUAGCUAUUGAUUUCUCGCAAGUCAGUGGAUAUCAACAGCGACUGAGUGCUGGUCUUUUGUCCAUGUUUUCCAAUGGUCAACGUUUAUUGAUGACAUUUCAAAUGCGAUAUAUUCUUUUAGUUGAUAUUACAAGACCAGAACAACCGAAUAUUCUUCGUACAUUCGAUUUUUGCUCUGAUCCAUCACUCGAAAAUGUGAUUAUUGGUGUUCCUGGUUCAUUCGAAAAUACCACUUUUGCCAAAUUCUGUACUCAAAACAAUAAUGUCGUUGGUUCACAUAGUGUUCUACAUCCAGACAAUGAGAAUCGAUUCAUAGUACUGAACUAUUUUCUCAAAUUUGGCUUGGCUCAAUUUCCUGGAACACGAACAGCACAUGCCUUUAAACUUAACAAUGAUUCAACUGAUUUCGAAUAUGAUCACAGGUUUAAUCCUAAUUUUCAAUUAAAUGAUCUACCUGGAAAACAACGUCUAACAUUCCAUUCACUACAAGCAUAUCCACAUCAUCUUCAAUAUUUAAAAUUAUAG